UUAAAUACUUUGCAGUCUAAUAAAAUUUUAAAAGGUGUGUGGGGAUAUCAAGUGCAGUUCCUCGAAAUAAAGAGCUUAUUAUCCAUAGAUUAACAUUUUAGACAGCUGAUACAUUUAAAUACACCCGUGACAGUGUUCAUUAAUGAAUAAUCAUAAACGGUAGUUUUGCAUGAACUUAACGAACGAUUAUUGGGGUAGUGCGUCGUUGAAUAGUUUUAAGCUGCGUGAGUGGAAGGAAUCACUUCAUAAGAAUUGAUUUAUUUCGCAAUUACUAAGGAUAUAUUUUAUUGCUACCAAAAAUAGCAGCUAAAAGGAAAGGCACACUUUUUAUGUUGAAUCCAUACCCACUGUGUAUUUCGCAACUACUAAGAGUAUACCAUAUAUUACUGUAAACGAGCAGCUAAAAGGAAAGUCAUACUUUUCAAGUUGAGUCGAGAUCCAAGAAAUGGAGUUAUUAAAUGAUGAUUGCCUUGAGGAAAUUUUCAAACACCUCAAUACGGAAGAGCAAAUUGCAAACAUAGCAGUGUGCACUAGAUUUGAAGUUAUUUUGAGGGGAAUGUGGCGUCGCCGUACAGCAUCCAUACUUCGGUGUCAUAUGUUCGAUCAGUUAAAAAUUGACACAAAAAAAUUUGAGAAAUACUUAUUUGAAGUACAGUUUAAUCUUAAAAAAGCUGAAUUCAUACAAUUAAGUGAAAGAAAUAUAGAAAGUUUAAAGAAGUACUAUUUUCCUCAAGUAUUAGAAUUAUCUUGCUGCACCGAGUUUUCGGAAGAACCAUCGGAUCGGUUGACAAAAACGCUUGCUAUUUGUUUCCCACAUCUAACAAAGCUUUAUAUAGAAAGUUCUAUUACUGGAAAGUAUAUUAGUUCAUUGAAAAGCUUAACUGAUUUAAAAUUAAAAUGUUCUAACUUGGAACCAAAGUAUUGCUCAUCAAUAUUUAAGAAUUUGAAACUGAAGAGAUUUGAGGCUACCAAUGGUUGUUUAAGACUUCGUAAAGCUUUAAGACAUUUAAAAAAAUGUGUUACUCUAGAAGAAAUUGUAAUGAAUGAGUACUACUUAUAUGACAUUGUUCAUGUUUUGCCAACUUUGGUGAACUUAAGAAAAAUCACAUCAUAUAUAGGAUGGGACGCUGAUUACAUAUUGAAGCAUUUGGCGUUUUACUUUGGUAAAGAAAUGAAAACAAUUAUUAUAAACAACUCUAUCUGGCCCAGAAUACCUGUUCUUUGCAUACUUCCAAACAUGUAUAAUUUGGAGAAGUUAAGUUUAUAUUACUAUGAACUGGAAGAAUCUGAGAUGAAAGAACUUGCUCAAAAGCUAAGCAAUUUACGGGAACUUUACUACAACCGUUGCCGAAUAAACACCGAAUAUGGCCUCUUACAUUUUGUGAAAUACUGCAAACAUUUAGAGGUUUUGAAUGUAUCCGAAACGACAAUAAGUAAAACGUUCAUUAACGCCUUGAAUAAUUUUCUUCGUACUACAUAUCGUCCAAAGCCUCUGAAAGUAUAUUGCGCAAGAACGCCCAUUAAUAAGUACACAAUUGAAAAAAUCGAGGACUUGUCACCAAUGUUGCAAAUUUCAUUUACGUAUAUUAAGCAAGAACUAACAGAGCCUGCAAUGUACUGCGAAUGGGAACCAGAUGUACAAGAAGAUGAACUUACUUAAUUGUUAAUCAAUGGACUCUAACGUCAUUUUAAAAAAUCAUAUUUAAUAUUAUUAUAACAACAAUUUUUAUAUAGUUGCACAAAACUAUUAAGUGAAAAUUAUAAAUUUUAUUAAAAACAAAAGUCCUAAAAAUAUGUGAGGAUACAAAUUUUAUCAAAUAUGUUUUAUAAUCCAAAAAUAUAUGUAGUAAAAGAAAUUAUUUGUUAACGGACCUACCGUUUAGUAUAUUACAACUAAAAAUAAAUAAAAAAAAUUAUAUGAAUUUGAGUUUUAGCGAUCAAAAUUUAUAUACUAAUGAUAUUCAUCACUUCAUUCGUCACUUAUCAGUUUAUUGAGAUAUAUUCCCUUGAUUUUGUGUAAUUGUUGUUGCCAAAAAAAUAAGAU